CCUUCAUGUUUAGAAAACGAAAGGCAAAUAUUGGAGGACAUUUUGUUUUUUUCGUAAAGAAAACGUCCUUYGAGAAAAGACUUUCACAAUGAAGCCCAGAAGAACUUCUACCGAUCUAGACGAUGAUGGAAGUAUCAUGAAGACUUGCUGUUGUUGUAUGGAUGUUCGUAUUGGAACUAUUGUCCUUGGUUUUUGUCAUUUGCUCGUCCACAUAGCUGGAGUCGUAGUAUUAUCACAGAUGUUGCUUCAUCCUGAAAUGUAUGAAGAAAAAUACAUCCAGACAUAUGGAACUGUGCCGAGAUCCUCUGAUAAUUCAGUAGCCCUGGCAAUUGCCUUCUGUUCAUUUGUUAUUACAAGUCUCCUCAUCUAUGGUGCUAUAACACGCCAGCCGAGUUACCUUCUACCAUUUUUCUGUCUACAAGUCUUUGAUUUCUGUGUUAACCUACUGGGUGCUAUUGGUGCUGUGAGUUACAUUCCAGAACUCAAGCUUAUGUUAAAGAACAAUCAAAACUUCCCAUAUGCAGAUGAUGUUGACAAGGUAGACAUGAGAUCCCUUAUGAUGACUGUUAUCCUGCUUUGCCUGAUCAUCCUCCUGAUUAAGGGAUAUCUGAUCUGUUGUGUGUGGUCAUGCUACAAGGUGCUAGUAAACUAUCGCAUCAAACGGGCUACACAGACCUUCAUGUUUGAAGUGGAUGGCAGUGAUACUGAGACACAGGGCUUGUUGCCAAAUUAUGAAGAUGCUGUCAAGGACACCCCAAAGGAGAGUCCACCACCUUACACUACAAGUUAAACACAAGACACUCCUCAUGUCCAGUUUCCCUAAAGCAAGUGUAUUAGCAAUGCAAUAUAAAUUAUGUUAAAGCUUUGACAAGAUUAUAGUGAUAAUAGAAGAAGUUUGUUGGAAAAGUUGGUAGCAAAUGUUAGAGUUAAUGAAGGGGAAGGAGUUGGGUCUGAUUGACAUACAAGUAAACUGUUUUCCUUAUAUUGCUGUUAGUACACAACAUUCAUAAACCCUUUUAUUGUAGAAUCGAUGAUAAUGUAAUUUCUGAUGGGUAAGGUAACUGAUGAGAGUAUGUAGUUUACAUAUAGUUCUUUUUUGAGACAACAUGGGUGUAAGAGGUUUGUCAUUCCCAUUCUGUGGAGAGGGGGAUGAAGUGGAGGAGAAAAAUAAUUCAAAAGCAAAACUAAACUGCAGUAGACUAUAGUAUUUCAAAUACAAAAAGAACAUUUACAGGUUAUAAGUUAUUUAAUUUAAAGCACUUAGUUAUUCAACUAUUUUCAUGCAAUGCAGAAUUUGUACUGGUCAAGAAAUAUUGCAAAUCUUAUGUAAGAGUACAACUUAUGGAGCAAUGUUUCUGCUUCUACUUCUAUAAAAUCUGCUAUGUAUGUAAUUUAAAUAUACUAGAUUGUAAAAAAGUUGGUAAAGAACGGUACUGUUUGGUUUAUGAGUGGGAAUGUAAAAAAAACAAACAAGUA